UGAAGAGAAGCGUGGACAGCUUAGUAAUUUGGAUUAGUUUUAAUAGAACCCACCAUACGAACGCGUGGUCUCUCUCAUAAAUCAAACCGAACAACAAGCGUUAAUCUUUCUCUCUCUCUCUCUCUCUUUGAGAAAAUAGCAAAAGAAUUUUAUUUCUCUUAUUCUUUUUUUUUUCUUUUUGCUCUCUUUCUCUCUCGCUCGCUCGCUCCCUAUAUUCCUCUCUUGGCUUGGUUUGGCUUGCUAAAGUCUUCGAGAAUUCAACCUUCAUAUCCAUGAAAGAAGCUUCAAGGUAAGUAAAAGGUUUUCUCUUCCACGUGGGUUUUAACGUUCAAGUUGUUCUUCUAUGGAGAUUGAUUCUAUUUGUCUGUAUAGCAACAUGGAAGAAACUCAAGAUGAAAGUGUUCAGCAGUCACUUUCUCCUUGUUCAUCUGAAAUGGGAGAUUCUUUUGGAGAUCCAGAGGUGCUUCCUCGUGUUGGAGAUCAAUAUCAGCCAGAAAUUCCUCCUCUAAUUUCAGAUCAGGAUCGUCUACAGCUCAUAAAUUUACCAAGAAACAUAGAUUUGAUGGCUAAUAUUGAUGAAUUUUAUCUACUUGGACUGCCCAUUCCAAUUACAUGGUCAAAUACUGGAGUUGAGAACAUUAGCGGGAUUGUUGAACUUGAGAAUAGCGAAAAGAGUCAAAAUACUUCUAACAAUGAACACCCAGAUCUUAAAGUUGAACCUAGGGAUACUCUAUCAGGUAAUGGCAAGGAUAUAGGAGUUGAUUCAAGCACUAAACUAGAAGUUGGAAGUGAUAAGAUGGAAGUUGAUUUUGUCUUGCCACAGGAAUCUGAAAGUAAAAUGGGUCUGCUCGAAACAGGUUUGUGUCCUCUUCCUGAUUCAUUGGAUGAAUCAUGGACAGACAUUGAGCGGGAUAGUUUUCUUCUUGGUCUAUACAUCUUUGGGAAGAAUCUUGUCACUGUGAAAAAGUUUGUUGAGAGUAAAAAGAUGGAGGAUAUUUUGUCUUUCUACUAUGGAAAGUUUUACAGGUCUGAUGAAUAUCGUAGAUGGUCAGAGUGCCGGAAACAAAGAAGUAGGCGAAGUAUCCAUGGACAGAAGAUAUUUACAGGAUGGAGGCAACAAGAACUAUUGUCACGAUUAUGUUGUCAUGUUUCACAGGAAUGCCAGAGUCAGUUGCUUGAGGUGUCGAGGUCAUUCGCAGAGGGGAGAAUUUCAUUUGAAGAAUAUGUUUUCACUCUGAAAAGAAUAGUUGGCAUCAGUACACUCAUCCAAGUUGUGGCCAUUGGAAAAGGGAAAGAUGACCUCACUGGUACUGCCGUGGAGCCAAUAAAGCCUAAUCAAACAAUUUCUGUUCGUCCUGAAAUACCAGUUGGAAAAGCCUGGUCCUCUCUUACAUCUUCAGGCAUCAUCAAGUUUCUGACAGGGGAUUUUAGAUUAAGUAAAGCCCGAUCUGGUGAUCUCUUCUGGGAAGCUGUUUGGCCCCGACUUUUAGCAAGAGGAUGGCACUCUGAAAAGCCCAAGGACAAUGGCAUUUGUGGUUCUAAGAAUUCUUUGGUAUUUCUCAUUCCUGGUAUCAAAAAGUUCUCAAGGAGAAGACUUGUCAAAGGCAACCACUACUUUGAUUCUGUUACUGAUGUCUUGAGUAAAGUUGCAUCAGAACCUGGACUACUUGAGCUUGAUAUUGAAGCCACCCAAAGCAGCCAACAUAAGGAAGAAGGUGCACUGGAUCCACCUGGAAAUCAGGACCAGGAUGGUCUCUCAAAAAAGCAACACUAUUGUUAUCUCCAGCCACGUAAUUCACAAUAUAAUCAGAAUGUAACAAAAUUUACAGUUGUGGAUACCAGUUUGGCUCACGGAGCAGAACGAACAAAGGUGAGGGAGCUUAGAAGUUUACCUGUUGAAAAUGCUAGUUUAUCUAGUUUCUCCAGUCUUUCUAGUGAAACUGAUGAAGAUACAUCUGAAGAUUCACAAGAAAAUGUAGUAGAAACUAACACCUCAAAUCCACAAGAGAAUGUCAUCAAUAGGAGAGCUUGUGUGGACUCAUUGGCUUGUGUGAAUAGUCCUCCAAAUAUUGACAUACAUAAUACCCCUGGCCCCUCAGUUUUAGCUGAGGAAAGUCAUGAAAAUCAAAGCGUAACUGUAAACAUUGACAAGGAGGUAAGGAAGACUAUGAAGUAUCAAUUCAGCCGGAAGGCGGAGUCUGGUUGCUCCAAAUAUUUGGUUCCCAUAACUAAGCAACAGGGAAACGUUGCUUGUAAUCCUGGAGAUUCAAGCUGCCACACUAAAAGUAUGUCUGCAGACAGGAAGUUAACUCGAGAUGAGUCCCAUUACUACAUGUCGAAUUUGCCUGAUGUGUGUGAGGAAAUGAUUGUUCAGGUGGACCCACAUAGUUUAUCAUCUGCUAGUUCUUUGGGUAAAGAUAGUCCAGCUGAGAGUAAUGAAGGGUUGGUUAAUGAGCAUUUCCUAUUUCAAGAUGCAUCUUCAGGAAAACCUCUCUCCCCUAAGUUGAUUGAUUUGAACAUUCCUUCUGUAUCACCAGAUUUGGCAGUUGAUGGACAUGGUAUGACAGCCAUGGAACAAAACAAUGAGUAUGUAUGUGUAAAUAAUUCAUCCUUUUUAUCUGGACUAGGUCACCAGCCCGAGCCAUAUAAGCUUCCCGAUGCUGAGGUUCAUACAGGGCAACAGCCUAUCAUGAACAGCCGGAGGCAGAGUACAAGGAGUCGUCCAUUGACCACGAAGGCACUGGAAGCUUUAGAAAUGGGAUUUUUGGCCCUAACAAAGAAGAGAAAAUGCGCAGACGUACUAGAAAAGAACUCAAUAUCUAGGCCUUCUCCACGAGUUCGUAGAAAGACUAGUUCCAAAGCAACUUCUAAGGCUGGUGCUACAGAUGAUGCUGCACAGUCCAAAGCUGGGGAGUCAUUGGAUGGUUUCCAUGAUAAGUCUGACAUGGUUGGUCAGUCUUAGGUUUAACACAGUGAGAAAUGUCCUUGACAGUUGCCUGAACCUGACUUUGUCUCUACACCCUGAUUUCUCCAUGUUUUUUCACUGGUCUAAAAAUUUGAAAUGCUUCCCUGAUCAUACUAGAGCAGCAAUGCCUUCUUCAGUCAUGCAUCCAAUGCAAAUGCUAGCAGCAAAUCCAGCUGCUAGAAAUUUGAAAAUCACAUUAGUCAGAUGAAGCUUAGAGAGGAUUUUCUGAAAGUAUGCUGUUGAAGUGUCACUUAAGCUUAACAUUUUGGCACAGUUGGUGUAAAUGGCAGUUCCCUUGCAAGAAAGGUUCUGCUCGAGGUCUCCCAUCGCAUGCCCGAAUCUUGAUGGAGAAAUUAGAAAAUUGCGAUUCAGUUGGUUGAUCCUCAUGAUAUUACAGGUGAAUAUCCAUAUCAUUCCAAUGUAACAAGAGAUAGCAUCUCCUUUUUGAUUCUUAGAAACUUAAAUCUAAUAAUGAUUUUACUUGCAUAUUAGGUAUUGUCAUGGCAUAUAGAAAUACAAGUUUAGUUCUUUGCUCCCAAGACAACCCACAUUGGGGAAAAUGGAAAUAAUGAAUGACAAGUACUUUUCUGAAAUGUCCCUGUAUCUCUUUUAAAUUGCUGCACUUCUAUAAAGAAAAGGCAACGAAGAGGAUGGAUUCA